GGACGUUUUGCCUUUCUGCUGGAAGACUGUCCAUGCAGACGAUCAGAGUGUGCAAUGGCGGCUUCAUCAUUUUUCUGAGGACCUUUGAAGCUCAAGAGGUCGAGGUCCUUUCGUGAGUUGAGUUCAGAGAUGAGGUGCGCUACAGUAAGCGGAAGCGUUCUUCAUACAGAGCACAGCGUCUCGUCCCGCUGGGCGCCAAGAUGUUGGAGCGAUAUGGCGGGCGCUGGUGCCGGCAGUCCAGUCAUCAUGACAGAGCAGCGCAUUCAAACGAUCGUUUCAAUGACUGUCCGCAGCUUGCGGACAGCUUCCGUUCCGCAAACAGCAAAGCAUUUGCAAAGUUUUGGCCUACGACCAGAGUGUGCCGCACUGUCGGUGAGAGCGCCGUGUCGGCUGCGAGAAGGUCCAACCAAGAGGAGGAAGGUGCCCUUUAGGCUCGGGAAGAACCUCAGGGUGGCGGCGAUGAAUGAAGGGGACGAGUAUGAAAGGAGAGCUUCAGGAACAGACUCGCUCUUGGAUGCUCUCAGAGGUGCUGAGACGACUUUCGCAGAGCGGGGGCGAAGGUCGCCACCACGUUCGGAUGACACUUACUCAAACGAUCAGGAAGAGACGAAUGCUAGGACAGGUGGUCUUCUGGAAGCUCUGCGUGCUCUGGAGCACAAGCGGCUACCGAAAGGCAGCAAUGAUGCUGGUGUAGGCUUAAAGUCUCCCUUUGCCCCUUCCAGUCAAGGCCCACAGCCUCCUUUUCCAAGUUCCGUGGGGCCUAGCAGGCAGUCUAAAUCACGGGCGAUGGUUGAGGUGGGUAGUCUGGUAGACGUGGUCGUCAAGAAGGACCAGGUGAAUGGCCGUCUGACGAGGGGGUUGGUGGCAAAGAUCCUCACCAACAGUGCUGACCACCCUUGGGGAAUCAAGGUAAGGUUGAAGGGCGGGGAGGUCGGACGGAUUCACGAGAUCAUUUCCCCUCCUUCUAGUUCCACGUCCUGGCAGGAUGAGGAGAACCUCCGGGGCGGUUCACCGGAGCCCGUUGCAGAGGACGGCAACGACGAUGAUAAGGAGAGUUCGAGUGGAAGGACAGCAGUGGAUUCAAAAGGGGACAGAAAGCAAGGGGCAAGUAGUGUGCGGGACACCAAGAUAUUCCUAACGGGCCUGUCAAGGGAGGCGACAAAUGAGGACCUACAAGAAGCGUUGCGGGGGGUCGACGGAGUGCGAAACGCGUUUGUGGUCCUAAACAAGCAGAAGCAGUGCCAGGGGUACGGUUUUGUGCAACUGGAGGGAGACGUCGAACAGGGGCUCGCAAUCAUGAACGAGGUGGAGGUUCGGGGACAAAAGCUGAUUGCAGCGGUCUCCAUAGAGAAGAAGCAGAAGGCGAGCGGAGUGCCUCCUGCCGAGACGGUGGCUGACGUCGACGGCAGUCGAGCAGCGAAAGAGAAAGAGGGGCCUCAACUGAAGCGGCCAGCGAACGGCCAGCCGUCCAAGGAUGGGGCGAGGCUACUCCUAGAAGCUUUCCGGGGAAUGCAGGAGAAACGAGCGGCGAAACCCGCCCGGGCUCGAAAACGGGGUGGGCGGGGCGGCGGUCGGAUUCGGACGGGAGAGGACGAAGACAGUGACGAUAACGAAGAGCUGGCGUCUUCUGCGAUGGGGGACGAGGCUGACAUCUCUGAGGAUGAUGAGAACGGGUCGGGAGAGCCACGUGUGAUCACCAUCAGUGAUGAUAGUCCUAGAACGACAGACCCUAACCAGCCUAGUAUGGGUCAACUCGUUAUGGCAGCCAUGGAAAGAGCACGAGAGCAGAAGGGCAUCGAGAAAAGUUCGGCUGCAGUUGCUUCGACGAAGGGCGUAGCAGUUUUAAGAGGUCGCGUCGUGUCCCAAAGCCCGCUUUCCUCGUACAACCCUGGCCGUACCACAGCCACUCAGAAGGUUGCUCGGGGAGAUGACAUAGACGCUCAUCCAAACCCCUGGCGCGAGCGCGCGCAGGGCGCGCGCACGAUCAGAGAAGUGGGCACUUCUUUGCUGGAGUUAGAAGAGGGCCUCAGGGCUCACUAUCAGGCGGACUCUCCUCUGAUUGACCGCGCGGUGUGGCGGCAAAAGAUUGCGGGUCUCCACACCUACGAAGGGUUGGCCAAGCAGAUCAAGCUAUUCAAGGACGCGGUUGACAGCCUUCCCCCCAUCCCGGAGAGUCCCCGUGGGCCUAUCAAGCGCCGCCUUAAGCUCGAGGUGCCCAAAGCGGCUGAAGAUACCAAACAGCCAAAGAAAACAUCUCUCCCUUCGGACAGCUCCGAUGAUGAGAUUCAGUUCGAUGGGGAGUUCGAGGGUGCUGGUCAGGGUAGAGGUAGAUUAGGGAAGGGGGAAAAGAAUACGAAGGAAACUGAUUCCUUGGAGAUUCCUCCUUGUGCCGGGAAGAAAGCGCGUCUAAGUAGAGAUUCGGACGAGUUCGAGGCGUCCGCGAUCGUUGGGAAAGGGUUGAAAUCGGAUACUCGGUUGAAAGGGGGAGAGGGGUUGAAAAGGACAGGGGAGGACGAACUGGUAGGACUGCUCGCGGCGAUCAAGAAGAAUAAGUCCGGCGCCCGGCAAGGGGAACUUGAAAUCGCGGAAGGGGGACUCGAAACCGCGGAAAUGAAGGGGGGAAAGAGCGAGGAGGACGAGUCCGAGGACGAGGACGAGUUUGAGAAGCGGUACGCCGGAAUUCCGGUCACCGCUGAGGAGGCGCGGCUCGGGAGCGGAAACUUCGGCGCGCUUGUUUCCGGCGACGCUAGCCCCGAGUCCGGGCCAAUCAGUGGUCACCGCUCAGACGAGUCGCCGCCGCCCGUUCCGGUCGGUCCAGGCCUGAAGCGGAAGCGGAGCACAGCGGACCUCUUGCGGAGGCGCACCAGCGGAUCGCUGUCGGAAGGUCCAAAGCAGCAGAAGACGAGCAGCGACGACGCUGACGUGAACUCUCCGCGCACGGCGGCCGCGAGCGACGAGGCGCUGUCCCCCGGACCGUCCCAGGCCAGGUCCGAGUCGCCCGUCGAAAGCGAGCAAGCUGAAGAAGUUGACGAGGACUUCGACGCCGAGGAGGAGGAGGAAGAGGCAGAGAUGGAGGAGGAUGAGCCGCCGAAGAAGGAGCCUGCGAAGAACCGGUCGCACAAGAAGAAGACCCCCCCCGCCACGAAGGGGCCGAAGAAGGGGGGAAAGCUGCCCGGAAAGAAGCACUCCGCCCGGGAUGGGUUGGCGAAGCCGCUGGCGCUCGACGUCGCGACGAUUCGAGGCCGCCUGCGGGCUCCCCCUGCACCUUCUCUGACGCCCCAGACUCCCGCCAAGGGCGAGUCGAAGGCCACGACCGAGACGGCGACCUCCCAGAAGGACAAGAAGAAGGAAGGGUCGCCCGUCGUUCUGAAGCUGCCCAAAGAGAUGAGGGGCCGCUGGUCUACAGAGAGGUACAAGACGGCGCAGCUGAAGCUGGUGGACAUUAUGCACCGCCGCGGCGCGGGUCCCGAGAAGCCCAUCCUGCGCCAGAUUCUGCGAGAGGAGGCGCGCAAGGACAUCGGGGACACAGGGCUGCUAGACCACUUGCUCAAGCACAUGACGGACACGGUGGUGGGCACCGACGAGCGGUUCCGGCGGCGGCACAACCCGGAGGGCCACAUGGAGUACUGGCUGGAGGCGGAGCACCUGCUGGAGCUGCGCAAGACCGCGGGCCUCGACCCCACCAGCCCCAUGCUCGUCCCGCUCAACCCCGCCAUGUGGCCCAACCACCUGCACGUCGGCGGCGCGGCCGCCGCGCAGAUCACGAAGACUCCUCAAGACGUGGCUGAAGCUAAGAAAGCGAGCAAGGAGGCAAAGGACCUGCGCGCGAGCGUGUCGGGCUUACGGGAGGAGGUCCAGAGGCUGAGCCAGAAGGUGAAGAACGCCGAGCGCCGCGCGAUCCAGCGCGAGGAGACGCGCGAGAAGGACGCGCGCGGCGCGCUCGACGAGGUCAAGGAGGAGGUCGGGCGAGUGGAGGAGCGCGCGAGGAGGCGCGUGCAGCUCGUCCGGCAGAGCAUCCAGUCCAUCCGCGACGAGCUUGCCGAGGUGAGGGACGAGCAGCAGCGCCAGGCGGCCGCGGUCAGGGACGACGCGGCCGCGCGUAAGGCUGCGGAGACCGAGGGCAAAAGGGCGGCCGAGGUGGAGAAGGAGGAGAUUAAGGAGCGAGAGCAGCGCGCGCGCGAAGAAAUAGAGGCGCGGGUGGAGAGUGUGAAAGGGGAGGCGGACAAGCGGGCGGCUGGGCUGGAGAAGAAGAUCUCUGACCUCCAGAAGAAGCUCGAGGACACAACCACUGCUCUGGAGACUGACAUCGCCCGCGCCCUGGAAGAGGCACGUGGCCGCCUGGAGGCAAUCUUCCUGGACCGUCAGGAGAUGCGCGGAGACAUCAACAAACUGGUGGAACUCAUUGCAGGGCUACAGGCCCGCUACCCCGGUGCCACCGGGCAGCCCAACCGUGCGACUUUUCCGGCCACCACGAGUCUUUACCUGCCAACCAUUCCCCCGACUAACGGAGCGGUACCGCGCGGAAUCUUCCACCAGGGCAUGCCGCGUGCCGCACCGCCUUCCCAGUUUCCGCCGGAAGCUGGCAACCGGAUUAACAGUCACUCUCAAGGGCGCAGUAAUGGUACCCCGGUACCGGGCGGCCGCUCUGAAAUACUCCCGGCGGCGUUGCAGAACGGUGUGAACACUUCCGGUGCGAAUCCGCAUUGA